ACGCUAUUGAUUUCUAAAUAGAACGUUCGAAAUACCGUUCUGAAGAAAUUCCAGAGUGAAUAACGAUACUUUACAAAGCAAAGAUUUCGAGUUGAGGGAGAAUUCCUUGAUGCACCCCGUGCUGCGAUGAGCCGUAUCCUUAGUGCACGAAAGAUAGUAUGGGAAGCUCUAGAAACCACGGGUAUGCGUGGUAAUCGAAAACGCAUCGACUUUCGAGAAGACCCAUCGUGCACCAUCAAACGGUGGUAUUCGCUUAACCCGCCCGUUGCGUUCUUUCGUUCCCACGUGGUGCGAUUAGCCUUCGCUAACUUGCUGCACUUUUCAAACAUUCACAUGUUUCCCGCAACUGAACGUCAGAUUGAAACGAUUCGAUUCGAAGAUUCGGUCGAAGAUUGGACCAGGAGAAGAGGGAGAGACAGAGGGAGAGAAAGGAAGGGAGAGAGAGAGAGAGAGAGAGAGAAAGAGCCGGUUAAAAUGAGAGAGAUCGUUAAAACGGAUUCCUACGUCUUUUACACGCUACGAUGACAUAGCGGCAAAGAAUUUGGUUGAUAAAAAUCCGGAAGUACGGUUUCGAAGGUUAUUCGCGGGACAUUCGCUCGUUUGAUCUUGGGAACGGUUGGUGUCUCGAGCCGCGUCGUCUCUCAAGUUCGUUGGACGCGAACGGGAAACACCAGUAUGGGGCUUCUUUAUUUUUAACGCACGAUUCAUCGGCGCUCUUGUGUCGGCUGAGGAUAUCCGAGCGGAGGCGGUAACGUUCGUGUUGGUAUCGGUGCCAAUGCCAAUGCCAUUGUCGAUUCUGAUGUCAAUAUCGAUAUCAAUGACAUCAACACCGACGAUAAUCACGACAGUGAUCAAGUACGAUAACAUCUGGAAGGAUUUGUCAAUGACGAAGAAUGAACAACAUUCCAGGCGACUCGUAACGAAUAGCGCGUAACGGUGCGGAGAAUCGGCGUUAUGUAGUUCAGGAUUUCCCAUCGGCAGAGAUUCCUCGAAAAUAGCGCGAAUCCUUCGUAACUUGCAACGAUAUGCGUUACAGCGAUGGUGCGCGUAGGUUGCCUGUUGUCGAAGGAACUUUGCUCGCGAAAUUGGCUUAGUCAUCGACGUAUUACGGGAUAUUACGGGGUAUUAGCGGGAACAGCCGCAACGACCGGCAACGACCACGACUUUCUAGGCGGACGUGCACGAGGGGCGUGCAGGAAGGACUGGCCGUCCCCGGUAUUCGUGAAUCAUGCUCUACCUUGCAAGUCCGCCGGUCGCCGUUUCCAAGAACAAACAACGCGACGCGAUGUGACGCGAGGUAAACCGAAGAGGUAGGAGCAUUUAGCGAGUCGCAACGAGGCAAGGCGGGGUAAGACUAAGCAAGCGUACCGCACCAUGCGAGGUAGAACGAAGCGAAACACGAAGCGACGUGACGGAGCGAGGCGCGGCAUCGUGCGACGCGGUGCGAUAUGUCGCGUUAAACAGGACAAACUAAAUACCAUUCUCGUACAAACUAUAUAUGUAGUUACGUAUCGCUCGUCCUUUCUCUCCCUCUCCCUUUCUUUAUGCAGUGUCUCGUGAAAGUAUUUCAACUUAUCGUAUAUCGUGAGUAUUGUAUGAAAUGUUUUAAAAUUUCAUUUCAGCGUUGUGGCGACAUCUGACUAUCGCGGUAGCGUUGAUAAAGUCGAGGCUGGUCCAAUAGGAGUUUGGGAAAGCGUGCGUACAUUCGCGUGUAAUUUUAUCUCUUUUUCUGUUUCUUCUUCGUUCGGCCGCGGAAACUUUCUCUCGCGUUGGAUCGUCGAUUUGGAUCGACGGAGGGCUGAAACGUUGUUCCGAGAUCCCUCGGAUGACGCGUCGACUGCCACGAAAAUGCGACGCGGUCGUUGCGUCGCGGUCACGCGAACUUUUCAUUCCACGAAAAAACGUGCGAGCCCGGGGGACACGAACGCGCGCCUCUAGCGCGAAUUCGUUUCACCGAUCAAUCGAUUCCCCGAAAUCGAGCAGCGUUUAACUCUCCGAAGGGUAGUCUCCCGUACUUUUGAGGUCGCGUGCGUAACCGGUUAGCAGUUGCGUCAAUGUUGCGAAUCGCAGUUCCGUCUGCAAACCGUUCCCUGCAUCGAGAUGCGUAUUUCGUCGAUUGGAUGGCUUGAAAAAAGGAUAUCAACCGUUUCGCGACCGAAUAUCUCGCGUCACAAAAACGAACAGGCACUCGUCGUUUCAAGGCGACUUUUGACCUCGCGAGCGAUUAUUCCAAUCUCUUGGCUGACCGUCUCUCGAUUUCCUCGUUGACGUUGUCCUAUUUAACGGUCCUUCCGGUGAUAAAGAAGCACGGACUAGGCGCCGCCUUUGCUUCCGUCACACGGACGCAUUUGUCGCGUAAAACUUUGAUGGUUACCGACAAGAGCCACCACUCGACAGGAAUUCCUGUAUUCUUCGUAUAAUCCUGUUCGUCCUAAUUCCACGCAAUUUGUAGAAACUCCAUUCUGGCGAAUACAUAUAGCGUACAGCGUUGAUAUAUUCGCGCGUAACAUCGAAACGAGACUCCAUGUAAGAUACGAUCGACAAUGUCUGGAAAUAAAGUACCUCCGUAUCUCUGUUACUUUUAAGCUGUUCUACCCUUUAUUCACGCGGUAUACCAAUUUUUCACUAAAGAAAGAUUUCCAACGAAUAUUUUUUGAUUUGUAUACCUAUGCAUGUUCGCAUUAGUUUCGAAUAUGAUCGAGUAAUCGAGUAAUCGUUAGGGUCGCGUCUCUUUACAGCGCUAACGAUACCUUAAAACGUUUUACGUGACAUGUGCAACGUAUACAUGAAAGAUUUCAACGAUAAGAAUCGGGAAACUUUGGUGAACCACCGCGUGCCUCAUUUUGUCAGAUUCGAUCGAGGAAAGAUCGGUGCUUGGAAACGAUAGACGACGAACACGAGACAAUGUGGUCAACGGGGGCUACGACGACAGCAAGGAUAGCAGCAGCAGCGGUGGUUACGACGUCGAACUGGACGCCGAGAGAUUGGAAGCGCGAUCAGCCGGCCGGCGCGCCGGCGGGGAGUAGUAAACGGGAUAUAUACGCGAGUGCGUGUUGCCGAGUACGGUAUUCGGCAGUCGACGCGCGACGUCCGAACGGAGCGGGUCGUAUUUUCUCGUCCCGUUCCGUCUCAAUCUGCCGUGUCCAAUAAGAAGUUCCUCGUGUCAUUCGAUAUUUAAUAUUUCCGACGAGUCAACGAAGAAGAGGGAGACAGAGAGCAAAGGGCGCCUAGAAUCAUUGAAAAUCAGUCGACAAUCGUAAAUGUUCGACCGGCCUGUGUUUUAAGAUGACCGCCUCGGCACUGUCUCCUUUACCUUCCUCUCGCUUUCUUCGAUCCUUCUCCGCGUUCGGUUCUAUUCCGUCCACGUCAACGUCGUCGUCGUCGUUGUCAUCGUCGUCGUCGUUGUCAUCGUCGUCGUCGUCGUCGUGGUCGUUGUCGCAGUCACCGUUACCGUCGCGUAGGAAGAAGAAACCAAACGAGCGGACGAUCCAUCGUGGUCGGCAUUGUUUGGCAUUACGCGUUAAGAGGAGCGGAUGAAUCGUCGCGUGGCAGAGCAACAGUGGAAGAAAGUGAAAGAAUCGAAUACGGUUCGAAUAGCGGUCGGACACUGUAGAAGUAGUUUUUGGAAAUCUCGCAGACCUUUGCGUACUCGUUUCCAAGUCGAUCGCCAAACACCGUCUUAACCGAUUCGUUGAGAUUCGCGCGAGUCUCGGCUGACAUGUUGGUCGACGCGUUUAAUGGUUGACAAAAGAGUAAAAGUUAAAGGUAAGAAAAGCGACGUAAAGAAGAUAAUAACGAGAUAGAGACGAGAAAGAUAGAAAGAAAGAAGGAAAGGAAAAAAGGUGAAAGAAGAGAGGUGUAGGAAAUUAGAUAUAGAAUCGGUGCACGAUAGCGACGAGGUGCUUCCCAGGGAGGAGGUGCCCCGGUGGAUCGUGCUUAAACUCGUGGAUCAGGAGCCGGCUAUGGGAAAGCUGGCAACGGCUGGUCGACUCGUGACCCGUGACAACGAGCAGCAAGAGGCAUCGGUGUGGUUGCUCGAGCGAAGCGGCGCCAGUUCCGGCCGCGCUCUCGUCGCGGUCCCUAUCGGCGGGGUCGCAGUCUGUGGCGUGAUCGUCCCGCAAGUUGAAUCGGAAGCACCGAUCCAGGUGACCGGCCGAAACGCGUUUACCGGCACUGCGUCGAGUUGCUUGGAGAACGGUGCUCGAAAGGGGAAGGAGGAUCGCCGAACAAUAGCCCUGGUUGGAAUUUGUCGGACCAGACACCAGGCGCUGAUCGACGAUCCAGACUCUCGAUACUUUGUCGAGACGGCAACCGGCGGCGACGACGGUGCCGGAAGAGAUGACGCGGUGGUUCGCCUCGAAGGUUCGUCGUUCGAGUCUUCUCUAGGUCGGAAAUCCGGAUGGUGGUUCGACGAUAUCGUCAAGCAGAAUACAAAGGAGAAGAGAAGAGACGUCGUUCAGGAAUACCGUCCGAGAAUUUCCAAUGAAUGGCGACAAGUGGCGCGUAAAGAAUCGUUAAAUCGGCGAACGAUCGUCGAGGGAAGGAGAUGCGAACGAUGUCGUCGACGUCGGUGGCUGAACGGAAGCAACGAAUCUUCUCGUCUGUUUGGAAUAGCGACGACGAUCGUGGCGGUUGUGGUGGCAGUAGCGGCGGCGGCGCUUUGCGUGCCGGCCGCGUCGGCCGUGCCGAUGCUGCCGCGGGAGAGUCCGCUCUCUCGAACCGGUCCUCGACACGACCUCGACCGCUCGACCGGUCUCGAGGACGUCUACGAGGACGCUUUCCGAGAAGAGGAUCGACCGACGACGAGGACCGUUCUCGACGAGACUGAGCUGGAUAUUAUCAGAAGGAGCAUCGCGCGAGGUCUUGGCCUCAAGAGGAUACCCGACCCUUCCAAGGCAAACGUCAGUCAAGCCGAAUACGAAAGAGCUCACAGAGAGUACCUGAUGAGAAUGCAGUCGUCAUUCGACGAGCGAACUUUUGAAAGCAAGAAGUUUCUACAUGUGUUUCCCGCUACAGCGUAUCCUGGAAACGAAUCGAGUCGACUAGAUGGAACGAGCGAAAAGGAAAAACCCUAUCGUCACUGGUUGUUCUUUCCCGUGGAAAUUCCUCAGAAGGAUCUGGAUCAAACGUCGGUAGAUCACGCGACGCUGCGACUGCUGCUUCACGGUCCGACGACAGAUUACUACACCGAACGUUCCGAGCUGGAGGUGUUAUUCUAUCUCCGAAUUUCGUCAUUUCGUCGCUCGAGAAAGUUAAUCGGUCGUAGAAAAAUUCAGCUGCAGGACUCCCGAAAUCCAAGAUGGCUCGAACUCGACGUGACUCAGGCCGCUUCCUCGUGGAUCGAGACGCCGCUCGAGAACCUAGGAGUCGAACUGGAAUUUAUGGUAGACAGCGAACCGGUGACACGUACCUUUUCCUUGCCGGUUCUCAACGUGUUCACCACGACGUAUUCGGGCAGUGCCAGAGUAAAACGUUCUUCACCCAAAGAUGUGAUGUCUCUGCACAAAGGUCGUAGGACAAAGUGCAAAGGCGAGAGUAAAAAGUGUUGCAGACACGAGCUUACCGUCAUGUUUAAAGACUUGAAAGGUUUCGAAUUUAUCGUUUACCCGAAAACCUUCGACGCUGGAUACUGUAAAGGACGAUGCCCGCCUAGAUACAAUCCAGCUCAUCAUCACGCCCUUCUGCAAAGUCUGCUGUGGAAGGAAGAUAGAAAAAAAGUGCCUAAACCAUGCUGCGCGCCGAGUAAGCUCGACGAGUUGAUGAUCGUUUAUUUCGACGAGAACGAUGCUACUCAGUUGAAAAACUCGUACUGGAAGAACAUUCAAGUACUGGAAUGCGCUUGUUCCUAAAAAUACUUUGUCCUUUCUUCCCGAAUGGACGAAUCGGCUAAAUGACCGACUGAGCAACAGAGCUAACUAAGGUCAUGUUUAUAGUGGAUGCUUAUUCGAACGAACUUGAGUUCUAACGAACGAAACAUCUGAAGACUGCAAUGCAUAUAAAUAUACUCGUAAAAAUCUAUAUACAUAUUUGAUUAGGCGGAUGUAUCUUCGUCAGAACGUCAGUUUGUUCGAAUACCCAUCCACUGUAACCACAGUCUAAUUCAAUCAACUAAUUAGUAUAUGUACAUGUGAACGAACAACGAACGAGCGAACGAACAAACGAGUGAAUGGGAGCGAACGAUAGAAUAUAUAUGUAUACGUUCGAUCGAAACGACACGAUGAUACGGACCAGUAAAUGCUGCGAUUGAAAACGUUGGUUACAGAAUGACGAAAGGACAAGGGUUUUCAUAGUCGCAGACGACUCACCAAAGAAUCGUCCGAAUACUGUUCGGUUGUGUCACUUUUUCGUCGUUACUCGCGACAUACCGAAAACACUUGCUGUUAACGUAUCACGCGAAACUUUCCUUUUCCGCUUGACCCCUUGUCCGCUUGGCAUAUGCAUUUGCGAACGUUUCGAUCGAUAAAAGUUAUUCCGUAAAACGAAUGACGAAAGAUUUAAUCGUAUCGCUGAUAAACGUUCGAUUCGGUUCGACUCGAGGCAUCAUCGAAAGUCCAGGCUCCCGAUCCAGGCUUUCGCAUUGACUGUGAUACUAAAAGAUAUCUGGCGUUUCUGCUUGUAGUAAUCGUAUUUCACACUUUCAUCCUCUUUUGCCUUAUUUCCUCUUCUCUAUCUUAUUUUCUCGACUAUUUUCUAUAUUCUCUCCUCCUCUUUCUUUUCUUCUUCUCUUUGUUUUUCUAUUUUGAUAUUGAAAAACCAUUAAGUGUAUAGAGUUAUUGACAACGAGAAGAAAGAAAUACCGCGACAGUAAUGUUUCGUUUAUUUGGUUAGUGUCACUAUUAAAUGAAGUCUUAACCGGAACAAUUUAAUUGCUUAUAAUUUAUUGUUCGAUCAAAUAUCGAACGAUGGAAACUGUUACAUCUUUUUACAUAUUAAAAUAUUAUCGAACGAAUCUUUGAAAGAUUGUGCAUUUUUUUACCAAUGAAAUUAUGUUAACGUUGUACAGAGGAUUUGAUCGAAACUUGGUAGCAUAACCGAAGUUUGUGCACGGCGGAAAUCUCGCGAAUGCUCCUGCAACUAUAUAUAUGUAUAACAUUUAUGGACUAUCACCCAGAAGACUCCCCUGUUUCGCCUUCGUUGUAAAUGUACAAACGCAUAACCGAAAUUAUAAUGCUUCCGCUGCACCUCGAUCAAAAGUUUAAAUGCGUUCUCAUGUCGUGAUGCAAACAUGUAUCGUUCGCUGAGUCAAUUUCGAUCACGCACCAUAAUCGUAACCUCGCGUUACAUGUAUUUGUCUAAUCGACUACUAUCGAUGAUGUAAAAUAAAAUUUUAUUCCUUAUUUAUAACCAAA